AUGCAAUACAAGAACCGUCUAACUCUUGCUGCCGUUUUGGCCGCUUCUGUUUCAGCUGCCAACUCUACUCAAAGUGUUCCAUCUUCUUGUUCUAUCAAGUCAGAUGCCACUGCUUCCUCUCAAGCUGAUUUGGACAGCUACUCUGGUUGUUCUACCAUUGUCGGUGACUUGGUCUUGACCGGUGACCUAGCUUCCGCUGCCUUGGCUGGUGUCGAAGAAAUUGACGGUUCUUUGACAAUUAAGAAUGCCACUCAAAUGACUUCUUUCUCCGCUGACUCUUUGAAGAAGAUCUCUGAAACUUUGACUUUGAAUCAAUUGACUGUAUUGGACACCGCUUCUUUCGGUUCUUUGGAAGAGGUUGACACCAUCAGUUUCGUUACUUUACCAGCUGUUUCCAAUAUUAUCACUAAGUUGACUUCUGCUAAGCAAAUUACCAUUGCUGACACUGCUUUGGAAUCUAUCGCUGGUUUCGAAGAUUUAGACGAAAUUGAAGUCUUCAAUGUCAACAACAACAAAGGUUUAGCUUCCAUUGACUCUAAGUUGAAGCACGUGAAGACUGCUUUGGAAAUUACUUUCAACGGACAAUCUGCUGAAAUCUCUUUCGACGAAUUAGAAUGGGCUAACAACAUCACUUUGAGAGAUGUUUCCAGUGCUUCUUUCGCUAAGUUGAGUAACGUUAACGCUUCCCUAGGUUUCAUUAACAACUCCUUGCCAUCUAUUGACUUGUCCACCUUGGAAAAGAUUGGUGGUUCUUUGUCCAUUGUCUCCAACGAAGAAUUGACCGAGUUGGACUUCUCUAACUUAACCUCUGUUGGUGGUGGUUUCGUUAUCGCUAACAACUCAAAGUUGGCUACCAUUGACACCUUCUCUGAAUUGUCUACUAUUGGUGGUGCUUUGGUCGUUACCGGUAAGUUCGGUGAUUUGGAAUUCCCAAGUUUGAAGUCUGUUAAGGGUGGUGCUGAUAUCGAAUCUACUGCAAGCAACUUCUCUUGCGAUGCUUUGAACAAGUUGCAACAAAAGGGUGGUAUCCAAGGUGACUCUUUCGUCUGUAAGGAUGGUCAAACUUCUACCUCCGUCAAAUUGACUGCUACCGGUACCUCCGAUGAUGAUGAUAGCACUGCUACAUCCGACUCUGGAAGCGCAGGUUCUUCCACCACCAGUUCUUCCAAGUCUUCUGGUGCUGCUGCUCACUUCAAUGCCCCAGGCUCCUCUGUCAUGGGUGCCGUUGCUGCCAUCGCUUAUGCCUUAUUAUAA